UUGCUUAAAUACAAAACAGAGAGAUAGAGAGUGGGAGCGAUAGGCAGAGAGAGAGGAAAUUAAGUGAGGUAAAAACAUACAGCUGAGGUGCGAAAUUCGCACUGCGAAUAAUAGCACCAGCUAACAUACAUGGAAAUGGGUUUAAAAGUUAACUACUUAAUUAAGAGUAUUAUUAAUAAACCCAGAUUAUAUUAUACUAUAGUAAAUUCAAACCCGAAAUGUUUGUUAUUUCAUUUUAGAAUUUUUAGGAUACCUACAUAAUAAUGAAAAAAAUUUAAAACAAUUUUAAUCAUAAAAAGCUUUUUUUAUUGCAUGAAAACUCUAAAAACUUUGUAUUUUUAUUGUUUGAUCAUUCUUUUCUAUUAUAUGUAUAGUUUAACUGAUGUUAUUAUUUCGCCCACAACUGUAUUUUAUAAUUUACAAGUAAGGGGAUCAAAGUGCGUAAGAGAAUUGGAAUGUGAUAUCAGGUCUAAACUGUUUAAGAGAGCUAUUGUGUCACCUGCUGAUUUGGAGCUCUUUAACCCUGCACAUAAUGCUGACUUGAUCUUUUUUCACGCCUGUGUAGACGAGGAUGUUAACUUUCCGGCCAGCGAGCUUAACACACACGGACCUACUGUUCACGGCUGGCGGAGUGCUCCGGACAGCGGACUCACCACCCAUGACAUAAUCCUCCGUUUCCACCAGCCUGCCAAGAUCUAUCGCAUCCAACUUCUGGCCCACCAGUAUCUUAUACCUGAGAAAGUGGAACUCUGGCUGCACUACUCGCCCAAAUCCCUGCCCAGCACACCGUCGUCGCAGUACUUUGACUUCCUGGGCUUUGUGGCUCUGGCGGACAACGCCUACACCAACUACAAGUCCAGGGAGCUGCAGAGCGUCACUGUUAGUCCCAGAAGGGGUACGCACCUGAAGCUGCGCCUCAUCGGUGUCCACGGGAACGAGUUCAAUGCCACAAGUCAGAUCUCCCUGCUGGCAGUUAACGUGUUGGGUGAGGACCUGGAACUGAGCCCAACAAACAAUGCCAACAAUGGCGAGGAGCACCACUUAGGCAACGAUGCGCCACCGUUGGACACCGCCACCGGGGAACUGGCACUGGCUUCAGUAUGCGACGACCUGCUCUUCUCCAUGUACGUCGAGGAGUCCAUUGUUCAGUACAUCCGGGAGUUGGAGCAGCGCAAGGCGCAGGCCGUUAGUGCCGAGCGAUUCGAAUAUGCCCGGAAGCUGAAACUGUGCAUGACCGCUCUCAGGAGUGCCGGCGAGCGCCUGGGGCGCUAUGCUUUGGCUAAACGACAGGCAGUGCAGCAGGAGGACUUCACCACCGCUCGGCUACGCAAAGACCAGAUCGAGAUGUACAGGACGGCGGUGCUGCGCCAGCUGCAGGUACAGCAGCUGCUCGAGCCCGAGGGAGUGCUCAGUGCCAACGACCAGAGCUGUGAGAUCUAUGCGGGCGGAAAGCCCAGUCUGCCGGCGGCUCCCAGUCUUCAGGAGGUGGCACAGGCCCUGGCCGAGGCUGCAUUCAGCCCCAAGAGCAUGGCCAGUCUUAGUCUCGAAGAGAAAUCCUCCACGGACGGAACCCAAGGUCAGGCAGGCAAUGACACCGCAGUGGUGGCUCCUGUUCCUGCUACAGCCCCCGCCUCACUACAGCCGACGCCCACACCCACACUGGGCGGCUGGCGGAAGUCGCACGACGAGCUGCCACAGUCUCCACGUCUGGCCUCGCGGCACAGUUCACCCAUGUCCAGUAGGCAGGGAUCGUUGCGGCGGCGCAACAAGAGCGUUCCGCGCAACUCGUACGAAGACUACGAGGAACGGGCCAUACCUACGCUGCGACAUUCAAAUACUAAUGAAUUUUUAAGGGAGUGCCAAGGCAACGCGCUGCUGGAAGCCGAUCCCAAUCGGGGGCGCUCGCGCUUGAACGACCGCGAGCGUCGCCAGGCAGCCCUCCCUAUCCUGGUCUUCGGUAGUGAGUUGGUAGAACAGUUUUACUCCCGUCAAUUUCAAGAUCGCGAAGAUGGCUUGUUGCGCCUGCGCAACUUCCUCAAGGAGCACGAAGUUGAGGAGGAGGUGCCUUCUAACGAGCACGCCGCCAGUCCCAACAAGGUAGCCCGCAGCGCUGCCCUGCUCCUCCACCGAGCAGUACGGGACGCAGUCUACUCAGUGUUUAGCCAGGCCACUGAAACGGUGCGGGUCCUGUUCCUGGAGUACGUACCGGGACGCGUUUCGCUCAGCGAAGUGGCUCGCUGUGUGGACCGCCUACUUCCCGAACUACUUGCCAAGUCUGGUGACCCGUCGGCCCGGCUGCACACUCUCGCCCAGCACACGAUCCUGAGCAUAGCCGCCUGCCCGGAGGUGGCGGAGCAGCACUUGGUCGCCCCGGCUCUAUCACGCAGCGUCGGCUCCGGCACCCACCAGCGUCUGGCAAUGAGUCGCCUUCAGAUGCUGGAACAACUGGUGCAUACACAGGGCAUCAGCACGGAUAAGCACAGUGGUCUCACCUGCCGGGCGCUCUCCGAGUGCGGCUGCUCUGGCAUCCACCAUCCUGCGGAGCCUGUGCGAAAGGUGGCGGAGCGCAUCCUGCUUCUCGUCUACAAAGUCAAUCCCCGCCUGGUGCGCAAGCAAUUGCCCCCCGACGACGAUAUCACGCGUCGGAAUCUCCUGUACCGUCAACUCUUCACGGAGUUUGAUAAGUUGGAUCUGGACCGCAAGCAGGAGCUGCUUGAGGCCAACAAGUACCCGGGAGGUGGUCACAGCUCGGGGGAUCCGACCACGCCGCCGCCGGAUAAGGCCUCCACUAGCUCGGAUGCCACGCGAGUAAAGAGCCGAAGCGCACAAGGUCUGGUGGUUCCCAGCUCGAACAAUGGAUUUGCCAGCUGCAAUGGAAAGCAACAGUACAAUGAGCAGUUGAAGCGCUCCAUGCUAUCCGCCUCAAACUCUCGCAAAGGCUCCGCCUCUAACUCAGAGUCCACCGAGGACAACUCGCCCAAAAUACAUUGCCCCUUUUGUGACUGGUCAUGUGCAGGCAGCGACGUAAACCAACUAGAUCGCCACUAUUGGAAGUCCUGUCCUUUCCUCACCAAGUGCCCACAGUGCAGUCAAGUUCUGGAAGUAGCGGCCCUUAACUAUCACCUCACAAUGGAAUGCGAUGCCAAGGAGAGCUAUGUGGUCUGUGCUCGCUGUACUGAAUCGGUGCAUAAGCAACUUUAUGAACUGCAUCAAAUGGAAGACUAUUGCCGGGAACUUAAAACGGGAGCCGCUCGUUGUCCACUGUGUCAUGACGAUGUUCACCUGCCCCAGGAUGGCGGCUGGAAGUUGCAUCUGCUUAGUGCCGGCGGUUGUCCCGGGAAUAUACGCAAAAAGAAUCUCAAAAAGUCAAAUUAACCGAUCGAUCUAUUGGCAUUCGUAGCGAAUUUAUUAGAGCAACUAACAAAUAAAUGUACUAACCCGGAGACACUUUCUCUACCGAGCUAACAACUAAUUGCAACUGCAAUAGCCAUAAGCGUUAAUUAAUUAAAUAUGUUUUACACUCUAUGUAUUCUCUUUAGACACAUUUUGUUAUGCGAAUUAGUCCGAUUUAUUUUGUAUCCGUUCUUUUGUAUGUUUUCUAACGCAAUGUGAUUUGUUAGCUGUAACACGAAUUUUUGAAACGUCCUUACAAUAAAUAAAGCCCAUCCAUACAGUU